UGGAGCGAAGCUGCCACGCGACUGCAUCCAUACGGCGCGUCUCCUCACGAUGGCACUCGAACUUUCGCCUGGGGGACACGGCCAGUUUCGCGAACUCAGUGGCGGAACAGCGCAUAUCAUGGAAAAGUGCUGAGCGUUCCACGACCCACUUUGUGCUUGCCCGAACCACACGCGGGACCAAACGCAGCCAGGCCUAUCUGAACUAUAUCUUAUCACCACUUCAACAGCUGCCAGCCUCAAGAACCGGUCUCCAUAGCUAUGCAAGCAGCGAGCCGGACAGGUGACUCGCCUUUGGCAGCAGAUAGGCAUACACAGUGGCUUGACAUUGCGACGCGUUGAUGAACCCAACCUUCGUCUUGACACCGACCUCAAUAGCUUUACGUGCCAGCAGUUGAUGCAGAUCUGAUUGAAUGCUUCAGUAGCGUCAAGACAUAAUGGACAACGAUAGAACGUUGCCUCCGGGUACAGUGUACCUCAUCGACCACAAUAAUGAGCUCGGCGGCACCACAAAACAUGCAACUGGGCCUGCCGAUGAGCGAGAUAUCAUUCUUCACCCAACGCCCUCUGAUGACCCUGAAGACCCAUUGAAUUGGUCGUACAAACGCAAAAUGCUGGCCACAUCUUGCGUGCUCAUGUACACCCUCAUGAUCGCUAUUCCUUCUGGUUCAGUAUACUCCGUAGUGAAACCGAUUGAGAAAGCGACAGGACUCACUCUCAAUGACCUAAACACUGGCACUGGCGUUAUGUUCCUCGCAUAUGGCUGGGCAUGCGUGAUCUGGCAACCACUGGCUCUCCAAUAUGGCAAGCGACCUGCUUAUUUGUUCUCUAUGCUGGCAUCCAUUGCCAUCAUGACGAGCGCUCCAUGGUGCACAAAGCGAAGCACAUAUCUUGCGAACAAGGUGUUACAAGGUUUCUUUGGGGCACCAGUGGAAGCCCUUUGCGAGAUUAGCAUCACUGACAUCUGGUUUGCACAUGAAAGACCCAAGUACUUGGCUUGGUAUGGGUUCGGACUGAGCGUGACUGGCAAACUCGCUCCAAUGUUGGCGGGCUUUAUCAACGACGGACAGGACUGGAGAUGGGUUCUCUGGUGGACCGCGAUCUGGAUUGCGAUUGCAUUCGUGUACUGUUUCUUUCUGAUGGAAGAGACGAACUACGAUCGCAAGCAUGUCAUCACCUCAACACCAGUUCCACUUACCGAAUCCAUCAAUCCAUUACCAGACGUCCAUGCCCCAGAAUCAGAAAAGAAAGUCCCAACACCGAUCUCCUCAUCAUCCACCUCCUCCCUCGAAGCAGGCGAAACAUCCUACCCUCGCAAGACCUACCUCCAAAAGCUCCGCCUCUUCGACUCCCCGCGUCCAAACCGCAUGCUAUCGAUCUUCCUCGCUCCUUUCAAAGGCUUCACCUACCCCGUGAUCGUCUACGCAGGUCUCAUGUACGGCGCCAACGCCCUCGUCUGGUCUGGAGUACAGAACGCCACAACAGGAACCGUUUAUGUCCAAUACUACAAUUUCAGCACUACCGCCAUCGCGGCCGCCUACUCAUCAGGCGUCAUCGGAGCGAUACUUGGAGCCUAUUACUGCGGAAAGAUGGGGCGUGUCUUGACUGUCCGACUUGCACGACGUCGUGGAGGUCUCUCCGAGCCUGAAGAUACUCUUUAUAUGUUUGUGGCGAGUAUGAUAUUGGUUCCUUUCAGUAUGCUUUUGUAUGGCUUGGGCAUUGAAUAUCGGAUCCACUGGUUUGGACUGGUGUUUUCGCAGGGCGCGCUGGCUGUGAGCAAUUGUCUCUGUGUGGCUGGUGGUUUGGGAUAUGCCAUCAGUAGUUAUCGGGAAUUGAGUGGAGAUAUGGUGACGACGUUGAUCUUGAUCAGGAAUACGUUGAGUUUUGCGGUGAAUUAUGGUAUUACACCUUGGCUGAACGCGCUUGGGUAUCGCAACACGUUCAUCAUGGUCGCCGUCAUCGGUUUCGUGUGGAACGCUUCGUUGUUCGUGAUGGUGAAGAUAGGGCCGAAGUUGCGGGAGAGAAGCAAGGAAAGGUAUUGGGCUGAUGUAGACAAGGCACGAGCGCUGGGGUUGAGCCAUUGAUCCAACUGUGAGUAUAAUCAAUAGCAUGACAGCACCAUUUGGGAAAGAUCGACUUACGUAAACGAAUACUGCGCGUGUACAGGCGUUGCAGUGCCCCAGGUGACCGCGAGACGCAUAUUCAUCUAGCUCUUGUCAAUCCUCACCGUCGCUCAGCGGUGGUGAUAAAAGGUCUCAUCAUGUCGCUGAGCAAGAUUGCAGUCCGCAGAGUUGCGACUUCCUCGUCUGCAGAUGCCAAACAUUCAAUCCUCCUCGUGCAGCUCUCGCCAAAAUCUUUCCCUCGCCACUUGAAACUGCUUUUCUCGUGCGUCAAACCUACUCCUCUCCAACUUCAUCUCCUUCAACCACUCUCUUGCCCUCGUAACAUCUUCCCCUCUCCUGAGAUCCCACAGCCCAUUGACAGUCCCAGUCAUCCUCUGAGAUAAGACACAAUCAGGACACAUCCACCCAAGAUGCAUUGGAGGAUGUUCCGGCAGACCAACGCAGCUAUGGUGGAAC